AUGACCCUGCUGAGAGACCGCAGUGAAGGCGACUGCUUGGACAUGCUAUGCAGCGAAUCGAUGGAUUUGCCCCCAGAAGGCGUCGGCGCCAUGACGCUUUCCGUGGAAUCAUAUCCAAAGGAGUCCCUUGAGGUGAUGGACCUCAUGCGUCGCCAGGGCUUCCUCUGCGACGUCGAGAUCCGCGUAGGCUCGGAGUCGUUCCCGGCGCACCGUCUCGUGCUGCUGGCCAUGUCGCCCUACUUCCGCGCCAUGUUCGCGGGAGGGCUGCGUGAGGCGGCCAUGCCUGUGGUGCAGAUACAGGGCGUCGGGCCUUCGACCAUGGCGAGCGUCAUGAAGUUCGCCUACACGGGCUCCAUAUGCAUCGACCAGAGGAACGUGUGCCAGCUCCUGCCAGCCGCCACCAUGUUCCAGGUGAACCACAUCAUCGAGGCCUGCUGCAACUUCCUCGAAAAGCAGCUCGACCCGAACAAUUGCAUCGGCAUCGGUGAAUUCGCGCUGCAGCAUGGCUGCACCAAGCUCUACAUCAAGGUCAACGACUAUAUCGACCAGAAUUUCGCCGCCGUUUCCGAGGGAGAGGAGUUCUUGGGCCUGACGGCGAGCCAGCUGGUGGCCCUCGUGCGUCGCGACGAACUGAACGUGCGCUGCGAGUCGGAGGUGUUCAACGCAGUUCUGCGUUGGGUCAAGCACGACGAGAACCGGCGGCGCGCCAAGAUGGCCGACGUGCUGUACGCUGUGCGCUGCCACUUCCUCACGCCGCGCUUCCUCAUGCACCAGCUGCAGACCUGCGACCUGGUGCGGAGCAUGCCCCAGUGCUGCGACUACUUGCACCGAAUCAUUCAGGACCUGACAGGCCGACGCCAGUACACGGUUUCCCAGCGGCGUCCCCAGGUGGCGCAGGUGGUGUAUUGCGUGGGCGGCUACCAGCAGCACUCGCUGGGCGCGCUCGAGUGCCUGUGCCCGCCGCAGCAGUGGUUCCGGCUUGCCGAGCUCGGGUGUCCACGCUCAGGCCUAGGGGCCGCCUUCCUGGGCGGAAAGCUGUACGCUGUCGGUGGCAGAAACAACAGUCAGGACAAGAGCUACGACUGCGCCUCGGUCGACUGCUACGACCCGGUGGCGAACGCGUGGAGCGCCUGCGCCGACCUGCAGGUGCCUCGAAACCGCGUCGGGGUAGCCGUACUCGACGGGCUACUCUACGCCGUCGGAGGGUCGUGCGGCACCACGCAGCACUACUCGGUGGAGAGAUACGACCCGGCCGAGGACAAGUGGUCGUACGUGGCGUCAAUGGCUCGCGCGCGCAUCGGCGUCGGCGUGGCCGUCCAGCGUCGGCUGCUCUUCGCCCUGGGGGGAUACAACGGACAGGCGAGGCUCAGCUCGGUCGAGUGCUACGACCCGGACAGGGACCAGUGGGUCGACGUGGCGCCCAUGAACACCUGCCGCAGCGGGGCUGGUGUCGUAGCCGUGGAGCGCUGGAUCUACGUGGUGGGUGGCUACGACGGCAGCAGCCAGCUGACCUCGGCCGAGCGCUACGACGUCGAGCGUGACCAGUGGGACGUGGUGGCCUCCAUGAAGGAGCCACGCAGCGCCCUUGCUCUCGCACACCUGGGAGGAAAGAUAUACGCACUCGGUGGCUACGAUGGCAGCGACUUCCUCUCCUCGGUGGAGGUCUUCGACCUCGAGUCCGAGCAGUGGUCCGAAGGGACGCCCAUGCAGGCCGGACGCAGCGGACACGCGGCGGCCGUCUGGCGAGCGCCACACCUUAUGCACUCAGUGCUCUGA